AUGUCCGCCAGUUUCGGAGAAAAACUGCUCCAAGAAGUUCAUGAAGAAAGUUUAGAAGAGUUGCUACAUGACUUGAAAGUGCUACAUCGAGAGCAUUCGGGGACCACCAAAACCCGCCUUGGUGUCUCGCCCAUUGAUGAGCUUCUAGAGCUUUUUGGGACGUAUUCUCAGCCACUGCAUGGCCUACCCGGGACAAGGGAGGAUAUUGUUGCUGAUCCGGAUGGCGAUACCGUCGCUGGAGAAAACCACGAGCCGGCACAUCUUGAAGUGCCCGUUCAUCCGGCAUUUCCUAGUCGGCCUUAUACCAUCCUAGAGAUAUCUAGCACAUGCUCUGCGGCUGGCAAGUCCCAGGUAUUAUAUUAUCUAGCUGCUCUGGCAGUGCUACCGUCCAGAUUCAACGGAAUCCCGCUCAAUGGAUCCAAUUCCGCCGUAGUCUUUAUUGACACUGACGGCCGUUUCGAUGCUGAGCGUCUACGCACUGUCGCCCGCGGGAUUGUUCUGGACAAACUUGAAAACACAAGUGAUGCUGAUACUGAAAACCACGGAGCUGUUGAAGCUAUGACUUUUGCGUCUCUACAGCACAUCCACGUUUUUCGGCCGCAGUCGUCUUUGGCAUUACUCGCUACAUUGCAAUCCCUGGACGCAUAUCUGCUUGACCUUUCCCGUCAUGCUUCAGGUAACCGGGCCCUUCGGGCUAUAAUGAUCGACAGUGCAACUGCCUUCCUCUGGCAAGACAAGCUGCAAGAUGAGAUCGCGCGCACUGAGGAUAUUGGCCGGUCAGCGGCGGAAAUAGAACGCGAGCGUCUCCAGAGAGAGAAAUUUUACCUCGCAGAUAUAUACGCGGACUUGGUCACAAGUUUGAAACAGCUGCAGAGCACAUUUGAUUGCGAUGUCAUAUAUACUGCUACCUCUUUUGGUGGUAGAUCAACGGAGAAUCCAUCUAUGCCGUAUGGCUCGUAUAACCCGCUAGAUACUGCACUCCAGACACCGUCUUUUCGUUCUCCGUUACCCUCUCCUUGGGGAUUGUUUCCUACACUCCGGCUGGUGCUGCAACGAAAAGUGCUUCGUCCGUUCCCACCCGGUGCGACUGUCCAAGAGGCGGAGAGGGAUGCGCCUAUGCGGCAGAAGGUGGCUAUGCGAGGGGAGUUCUUGGGGUUUGUGAAUGGGUGGGGACGAGAGGAUUGGCCACGAAGGAGAUUGGAAGAGCUGAAGAGGCGAGGAGCACAGUUCACGUUCAAUGUUGGGCAAAACAGCGUCACAUUGAACUGA